AUGACUGUCGACAGGUUUGGUCAGGGAAAACAGGGCCGGUUAGAAAAACACAAACCGUACGCACGCAAAAUCCGCUUAACGAAGGAGACAUGGGUGCCUGGAGGGACGGCCUUCAUCAAGAACAACAGGCAUGUCGUCCUACAGUCAGACCAGGAGGCUCCUGCUUCAGCGGUGCUGGAUGUUGGGACACUGGUGGAUGCAAUCCACGUGGCUGCUGGGUCGCACUUGGAGCUGCGACGGCUGCGAAUCCCAAACAGCGGCAAUCGGCGCCUCUCGCGGCCGUCCGAGCGCGUGCGCCUGCGCGUUGCGGGGAUCUUUGCCCUGUGGCCCUCCGUCACCCUCGCCAAGGAUUCCCAGAUGAGCUUCUCUGACUGCGUGUUCUAUUACUGGUCCGACAAGGAGUGGGACAGCUGCGACAAGUUCAGGGACGUCGCCACAAAUAUCCUGAACCCACGUGGCAUCCCAGACAUGCUUGAGUGGAGCGCAUCCGACACCCAGUCACAAAAUGUCUUGGACAGCUAUUCAGGGGACAUGGGAGCUGCCGAAUUCCAAGAGUGGGACGAAAAGUUACCACUUGCACGUGAAGAGGCUGGUGAUCUUGUGCAGGUGUUCAUCCGAGGCAGUCAGAACACGAGCCAGGCGCUGGUCAACAUCGUCAACAAGAAGGUCCACGUGGGUGGCUUUAACACUACCAGGACAAACCACACGCUGGUGUGCUUGCCAGACCCUUUCCAGGAGGACUCAGUUGGUUCUGUGUCGCUACUGGCAGUGUGCGGAGGACUGGCCACUUUGAUGGCGGCUGCGGUCAUAGCGCAGUAUUUCGGCGUGAUCAAUAUUCUUUCAGGCAAGGGUGCAGCAACGAAUGACUACACCUCCUUAGCAGGGCAUGUGCAGAGCUCCAUGGACGGCAGCCACUAUCACAGCAGCGCGGGGUCGCAUCCCAGCCGCUCUGGUUUUGCGGAGGAGCACAUAUCAGGGCUGGUGCGUGAUCGGCAGCGUGCCAGCAUCGGCGGCCUGGAGCUCGGGGAGAUGCUGGGCCGCGGUUCCUUCGGCAAGGUCUACAAGGGGAGGUGGCGUGGAGCCAUCGUGGCGGUGAAGAUUGUGGCGCAUGACUGCAGCCUGGCCAGCCUGGCAGAGACACUGCGCGAAUCAGCGCUGUCAACCUCCAUCCAGCACCCCAACGUGGUGACGACGUUCAAGGUGCGCACAGUGCGGUCGAGGCACGGCUCGGACAAUCCCAGCAGCGCUGCUGCCACGUGGGCCGAAGGGGAGGAGAACGGCUUGGACGAGGCCUCCGGUGACUCCGGCCGUCUGCUCAUGCGCGCGAUGUCCGUCGGCGGCCCAGGCCGCGGCAACGGCCGGAAUCAGGCAAUCAACCGCAGCAGCCUCGUGAAGUUUCCCUCCCCUCUGCGCCCCAGCGCCGUCAACAUUCCGGAGGGCCUGCAAUUCCGCGCUGACUCAGGUGUUGCUCUGGAGGGCGUGGUAGAAGAAGAUGAGGAGCCAGAACCCCUGUCAAUGGCGAUCAAGGCGGGUCACGGCCAGCUGUCUCACUUCACGCUAGAGAGCGGCCCUGCUGCCAGAGAGCCUGAGCCGCUGUCCAGGGCAGUCAAGGCAGGCGCCUUGUUCCCUGACAGCACAACAGAGACAGACAUUGCUGAAGAUAAUGAGCCGGAGCCUCUCACCAUGGCGAUCAAGGCUGGCAGGAAGCCCCUGCAAGUGCAGCUGCAGCCCAAAUAUGACUCAGACGACGAGCCUGAGCCGCUGUCAAUGUCCAAGAAGGCCGGCAGAUCCAUCCCAGCGCAGGCAGUUAUUGGGGCACCACACAACCUCCCUUCACCUUUCUCUGCCGGGAAGCACGUCGGCGCACAGCACGACUCCGCGAUCGAAAUGCAUGACAAGGCUGCUCUACAGUCUGCUGGCUUCAAUGGCAGCGUGUCCGUGCCGGCCUCAGAGGCUGAAGCGCCACAGGAGCUGAUCUCCCGUGCCAAAUCUGGCGUGCAUGUCCACGUUACCGCGGACGCUGAUGUGGCGGGGGAGGGAGGGAACGUUGCCGGAGAGGAGGACGGCUGGGAGGACGAGCCCGAGCCGCUGACGCGGGCCGUCAAGGCCGGCGCCGGCCGGCCAGCCGUGGUGCCGUAUACGGAGCCGCCGGAACGGAUUGCGGAGCCUGUACCCGGCGGAUCGCCUGUAACGCCGCCCGGACGCGGCACCACGGAGGGCGGCGGCGCUGCACUGCCAGGCAGGAUGGCGUCAGUGGCAGGGCAGGCCAUGAACAGGCUGCUGAGCUUUGGGAGGGCCUCGAUCUUCGAGGGGAAGAAGGCGGACGAGUCAGGAGAGGGAACGCCCCGUCCCGUCGUGCCAUCAGCCCUGCUAACCCCAAACGACAGCAGGGGGUCAGGCGGCAAUUUUGCAGCGCAGAUGCAGCAGGCGGCUGACAAGGGAGCGGAGCUGUUGGAGACAUGGCUCAUCCUGGAGUUCUGCGACCAGGGCAGCUUUGACCACGCCAUCCGCGCCGGCAGAUACGCGAAUGACUUGCCGAGCGGCGUGCUGUGCCUCAUGGACGUGGCUGCGGGCAUGGAGCACUUGCAUUCUCUGGGCGUUCUGCAUGCGGACCUGAAGGGGGCCAAUGUGCUGCUGAAGUCAGCGGCGGUGUCAAACUAUGACCACAGGGGCUACUCCUGCAAGCUAGCCGACUUUGGGCUCAGCCGAGUGAUGGAGAACAACUCGACCCAUGUCUCAACUAGCACCUUCGGCACUGCUGCGUACAUGCCGGCAGAGCUGCUGAUGGAGGGGAAGAUGACACGCGCGGCUGAUGUGUACAGCUUUGCCAUGCUCAUGUUUGAGCUGCUGAGCGGACAGCAGCUGUUCGAAGGCAUGCGCCAGUCGCAGAUCAUUUGCAAGGUGAUCACAGGCUGGAGGCCCAGCGUGCCAGAGGGCAGAAAUCCAUCCUACCUGGCGCUCAUGACUGAUUGCUGGAAUGUUGACAUGACGAAGCGACCGGUCUUCUCUGACAUCCUACCUCGACUGCGCGCACUGUACAAAGAACUCCGCAUGGCCGCUGCCUGA